CACUAUAUGAAGAAGGCCACAUCUUAUGCAAGUCUUUUAUAAGUUUUUACUAUUUCUUUUCCAUAUGGGUUAGUACAAACACUUCGGUUCAGUGAUAUGUAUUUGAUGCCUUAUAAGACUUACUUGGACUAUGACUUAUUUACACAUUUUGCAUCUUUUGUAUGCAGUAUUGUGAGAAUCAAUUAUGCAUAAAAAACGGGGUUUGGCUUAAUUGCUUAUCCUAUUUCAUUCAGUGUGUAUUUAAUACUAUGAAAAUAUCCAACUUUGCUAAAAAAUGCAAAACGUUUCAAACAUUUGGGUGGCUAGUUGUGUAAAGAAACUGGUGUGUUCACUUACAUGACUAUGGUUCCUCUACAUGAUCACUGUCAGCUUCAUUUUACAUGUUUAAGCAUGUUUGCAAAACAAAACAAAAAAAGAGAAAAAAACCCCAAAAAAAGUUUUCAUAGGAAAUGUGAAAACUAUAUAAUUCAGGAAAUUAUAUGAAUGAAAUCCAGUAAACUAAUUCAAGUACUUCAAGGCUGUUAAAUCAAGACAAAAGAUAGUAGAAUUAGAGAAGAAAGUCAGAAAUGUCUGGGUUCUUGGAGUCAGCACUCACUAACAAAGGAAACUAGAAACGUGUACAGUAAUUCAAAUAAUUCAGAAAUACAAGAUAUUAAUGUAACUUUUAGUUAAACUGGGUACAGUAUUCCUGCAUUGCAUGCAGUUGGAUCAUUAGGAUUAAAAAAAAUCAUGUCUGUAAAACGGACAUGUGCAACAGGGCUUUUUUUAAAAAAAUAAAAAGAGUAAAGGGCAACCGUAAUAUCUUCAAAAUAACAAAAUAAUAAACCUUCAAAAUAUCUACUGAACUUUGUGCUUGCACAUAAAAUCAAGCAUGUGAUGCGUGGUAUAAUCUUAUCAAGUGUCACACAAAGGAGGUUUGUUAAUAAAUUGGUCAUAAUUGCUUCUAAGGGGGCAGUCCUGAAAACAUGCAAAAGUGGGAUGAACAAGGUGUAAUGAGAGCUGCCAGCUGUGAGCAGGUAUAAAUAGAGAUGUGUGGUGUUCCCUGAACCAGAGCACUCACAGUUCCUUGUCUGGCUCCCUAAACUGCUCCUCUAUCGUCUCACUAUGAACCUCAUCAGUUUGCUGUCCUGCCUCAGCGUGCUGCUGGCAGCUGCUGUUGCCCAGUAUCCCAAGCCAUGUGCUGUCCCCCCAUUGAUGACUGGAGGCAUAAACGUGAUGGGUGCCAAUGGAUACAUGUCAUCAACAGGAACAAUAAGCUAUGAUGCUUAUGGACAGAGGAUGCGGGUUAGAAAUGCUGGAAUUGUCGGCAAUCAGACCUUUACUCUCGAUCAGCUUAUGCUUUUCAGCCAGAAAGUCUAUUAUGAAAUCGACUGGAGCAAGCUGUCCUGCAAGAAGUUGCCUCUGGAUGCCUCCUUCAUUCCCAUGCAAGUGCCCUCUGAUGCUACACUAGUAGGUCAGGCAAUUGUGGGGUCCUCAUCUGCUUGGGGGAUGGGUAUACUAACCAACACCUGGAGUGGAAAGCUUUCAGAGAACAGUUUUUACACGUCUCUCUUUACUGAGAUCGGUUGUAUCCCCGUGACCUUCACUGGAUAUACUCCACAGUCUGGACAGACCACUAUCAACACCUUCAACUGGGUAUUAGGGAUCUCAAACCCCAUGGACUUCUUUCCCCCCAUCAUCUGUACCAGCUCUAAACUGGAGGAAACAGAGACACCACACAAUGUCUUCACUGCUUUGCAGUCUCUGGCCAUGAAGACCAAGAGACAUCUGUAAACAUCUGGAGUUCUUCAUCAGUAUAAUCACAGAUGCCCCCUAUGCAACAGGCAACAGGGCAAAAUUACACACAUGUUAUCCAGUAAUCAUCAACAAAUUUAGAGAAAACAAAAAGAUGAACCUGAUUUACAAGAUGCUUUACUACCAUUUAGUGACCAGAUAACACAACAGCUCACAGGAAUGCAUGUGAAAGCCAUUUAGACAUUUCACUCAUGCCUAUUUGUUGAAGCUUAUAAAUCUUGUGCUGUGGUAAUGCAUGCUUAAAGUAAAAUCUAAUGUUUUGGAGGGAAUUUUGAACACAGAGCGAAGAAAAUGAGAGCUUCCUGUAACACCUUUAGGCUCUUUGGCUUUUUUGUUUUCUGUCUGUCCAUCUCUUCAAUAAAAUCAUUUAAAAGCACUGAA